UACAAUUAAAUUGCACCCCAGCAGCGCUUCAAGUGGCACUGAAAUCUCGUCUUGUCGUUAUCUUUGUGGCUGUUUGUGGCUGCCCGUUCGUUUAGUUGCAGUUGCGGGCCAACGCUGAGAGGGAAGCCACACAAAUAGAAGCAAAUUAAAAACACUUAUCCGCUGCUGCGGCAGCUUGGGACUAGGGGAUGUCCUACUUUAUGCAUACCACUGCUAUCAGCGACUUGGUCAAUCUCAAUGUGGGUGGUCAACGAUUCUCUACGUCACGGCAAACGCUUACGUGGAUACCAGAUACUUUCUUCACGGCUCUCCUCAGUGGGCGCAUCUCCAGCCUGAGAGACGAGCACAAUGCCAUUUUUAUUGACCGCGACCCGACCUUAUUUUCCAUCAUUCUCAACUACUUGAGGACCAAGGACAUCGAUAUCAAGAAUUGCGAAAUACGCGCCCUGCGACAUGAGGCCGAAUACUAUGGGAUAACACCUCUGACCAAGCGUCUGGCGCUCUGCGAGGAUCUGAAUCACUCAUCCUGUGGCGAUGUGAUAUUCUACGGAUUCCUGGUGGCUCCGCAGAUGCCCUCUAACGAGGCGGUGCAGGCAGCCGUCGACGUCGACACAUUGCCUUCCACAUCGGGCAAUGGGGUGGGGCGACCUGGAUCCAUGGUGCGGGUGCCAGAGCCGUCACGGGCCACACACUCGCGAAACUCUUCGUGGGAUCUGCGUCUGGGACGAACGGGUAGCGGAAACGGCAACGCCAGCGCCAGCUCCAAUCCCCCAGCUCCCAUGCUACACUCCCGGAAUCCUUCCCUAGACUUCAUGCGACACUCGCGAAACUCAUCGGCGGAUCUGAACAAGGUGUUUAAAAACGAGGUUGGCAUGGUGUUCAGCCCCACCCAAAGUUCCCAUUGGGUGGAUCCGCUAAGAGUGCAGAUCAUCAAGGCUCAUCAGAACUGGAUAGCCGUGGCCUACGCCCACUUUGUGACCUGCUACCGCGUGAAAGACUCCAACGGAUGGCAGCAGGUCUUCACAUCGCCACACAUUGAUGCCACCAUUGAGCGUAUAGCGAUCAACUCCAAGGUAAACACAUCGACGGCAGAGCCCAUACCGAGCAAGAUGGUUGCCAUUUCGUAUGGCAGCCAGAUAAGACUGUGGAGCAUACAGGAUGGUGGCCAGAAGACGGACGUGGGCACCUUUAAUCUCAAUGUGAGAGUGGAGUAUCUGUUCUUCAUUGGCAGCCAACUGGUGGCCCUGUCCUCCUCCGGCAAGAUUGGAGUGUGGCAUGCCAUGACCCAGCACUGGCAAAUCCAGGACUUGGUCCCAGUUCUCUCGUUUGACUCUGCGGGUUCAUUCCUGCUGCUUGGAUGCAACAACGGCUCCAUAUACUACAUAGACAUGCAGAAGUUUCCACUCCGCAUGAAGGACAACGAUCUGCUGGUCACCGAACUGUACAAGGAUGUGACGCUGGACCCCAUUACCGCCAUUUCCGUGUAUCUAACUCCGAAGACGUCAAGCAUUAGUGGUAAUUGGAUUGAGAUCGCCUACGGCACCAAGUCGGGAGCGGUGCGCAUUAUUGUCCAACAUCCGGAGACAGCUGGGCAUGGACCACAUCUCUUCGAGACAUUCUUUGUCCACCAGAGCCCCGUCACCAAAGUGAUGCUCUCAGAGAAGUAUCUCGUGUCGGUGUGCAGCGAAUACCAUCAUGUGCGCACCUGGGGUCUGACCCGAUUCCGGGGAAUGCUCUCCACCCAGCCGGGCUCCACUCCGGAGGCCUCUUUUAAAAUUGUCUCACUGGAGGCCACCGACUCGAACUACAGCUAUGCGGCUGGCAAUGAUUUCGGUCCCUACGGCGACUACGACGACAUGAUCUUUGUCCAGAAGGUCGUGCCCGAGACGGAUCAGCUGUACGUGCGUUUGGCCUCGAAUGGGGAUCGCGUCUGUGUCAUCCGGUCUGUGGACAGCUCUACCAUAUCAGCAUUUUGUGUACACGAGUGCGAAGUCUCGUCGCGCAUGGGAUCAAGAUUUAUACUCACUGGCCACUGCAACGGUGCCAUUCAGAUGUGGGAUCUGACCACCGCACUGACGCUGAUCUCCAAGGAUGAGCCCCGGCAGAAAACCAACGGCGGACCCGACGCCAACGAGCUUCUCCGCCUACUUGACCAGUGUGAAAUCAGCAAUUCAUCAUGCUCAACACCUUGUAUGUCACCGUGUCUAUCAGUUGUGGGCAACGGCACUGGAAUGGCCUCCUCUAUAGCUCGCAUGAAGGCCAGCAAUAUUGCAUUGUUAAAUCGGGAGCCGAUCGUCGCACCGCCUCCAUCGCCACAAGUGCAAGCCAUGCCGCAGCUGCCACCAGUGGCCGCAGGAGUAGCCGCAGUGGCAGUAGCUGCUGCUGCUGCUGGUCCUGGUGCUGCUGCACCUGAACCAGUUAUACUUCCGAUGCCCGAUGCCAACAAUGAAUGAAACGUGGAAGCGGCUGCUUGUUCGGCGCUUGUCGGGCGCGUUUCAUCAUUCACAUUUCAUAGGUGUAGCAUGAUCUUCGACUUUCAAUUUGUAUUCCUGCAGUUAAUACUCUGCGCCCUCAUCUACAUGUGGGUGACUCGACUCAUGCAGGCCACAACCAGAAAUUGACGACAUUCGGCAUUUAACUAUUGAAACAAA